AUGAAGAAAGAGGGAAAAAAAUUGAAGAACAGAAAAAAACAAACAGAAAUGUUUGAUUUUGAUCAAGAUUUAGUAUCUUACAGGAAAAAUGUUAAACUUAAUAUUGAAACUCAAGAAUUUAUUCCAUCAUUUUCUCAUCUUAUUCAUGAUUUUACGUCUCUGCUUAAAUGUCACGCUUGUCUUUCUUUUCCAAAGUAUUCUUCAAUUAGUUUAUGCAAAAUUCCAAAUACCGAAAUAUUUAUUGAGAAAAAAAUUGAUAUGGUAAUCAACCAAGUAUUUGAAUUUUCUGGAUAUCGUGAAAAACAAUAUGAAUCAAUCAUAUCUUUUAUCAAUGAAAAAAAUACUCUGGCGUUGAUUGAUGAUCAGAUUAGAGAACUUAUUAAUAUCGGAAUUCCAUGUGCUGGCUUAUAUACUUCUACUAAUCAUCCAUCUAAUUAUCAAGAAAAGUAUUUGGCGAGAUUGCAGCUGAUUUUUUACAAAUGCAUGGAAAUAUUUGGAUACAUUAAAGCAAUUGUUUCCCUUAUCAUGCUUACCGCUACAUGUUUACCUAAUGAAACUUGGAAGAUACAAUCAAUUAUGAAUAUUAAAGUGGGUGAUCUUAAUAUUGUUCGGAGUUCUUCUUUUAUACGUUCUGAAAUGACUUUUGAAGUUCAAACCAAAAGUUCUAUGGAGAGGACUAUUAAUGAAAUUUGUGAACAAAUUCAAAGAAUUGGAAAUGAAUAUUGUAUAAUUUAUUGUGCUUCACCAGCAAGCUGUGAAGAAGUGUUAAAAUUAAUUAGAAAUAAGCUUGAAUCUAUUUCUUUAGAUAUAUAUCAUGGUAAAUUAGAAAGCUCCGUGAGGCAUCAAUCAAUUACGCAUUGGAAAAGAGGUUUAACUCAAGUCAUGAUUGCAACAAAUACUUUUGGGCUAGGGAUCAAUAUGUUAAUAUUUCUAUAUUCAGGAAAUCUAAUUCAAGAAGCUGGAAUGAUGCGAUAA